GGCGCCGCCAUGCCGAAGGUGGUGUCUCGCUCCGUGGUCUGCUCCGACACCCGUGACCGCGAGGAGUACGACGAUGGGGAGAAGCCGCUUCACGUCUACUACUGCUUGUGCGGGCAGAUGGUGCUGGUGCUGGACUGCCAGCUGGAGAAGCUGCCGAUGCGGCCGCGGGACCGCGCCCGGGUGAUGGACGCCGCCAAGCACGCCCACAAGUUCUGCAACGCGGAGGAGGAGGAGAGCGUCUUCCUCCGCAGACCAGAAGGCAUAGAGCGGCAGUUCAGGAAGAAGUGUGGCAAGUGUGGACUGCUGCUCUUUUAUCAACACCAACAGAAAAAUGCUCCCGUGACGUUCAUUGUUGACGGUGCUGUGGUCAAAUUUGGCCAGGGUUUUGGGAAAACAAACAUAUAUACUCAGAAACAAGAACCUCCCAAAAAGGUGAUGAUGACCAAACGGACCAAAGACAUGGGCAAGUUCAGUUCUGUCACAGUCUCCACAAUUGACGAAGAGGAGGAGGAGAUUGAAGCGAGGGAGAUUGCAGACUCCUAUGCGCAGAAUGCAAAAGUGAUUGAGAAACAGCUGGAACGCAAAGGCAUGAGCAAAAGAAGGCUACAGGAGUUGGCUGAGUUGGAAGCCAAGAAAGCCAAGAUGAAAGGAACCCUGAUUGAUAACCAGUUCAAAUGAAACGCUGCACAUCUGCUGCGUAUUUGGAGACACGAGAAAGCUACCAGGAGCUAUCGCAGAUCUGUCGACAAAGCAGAAGUAACAGACAACAUUCAAGGGCAAUUUGCUGCAACCAGCUUGGAGGAUGAGUACCUCUCUGUCAUAAGUGGUACUCUGGUACCAAUUUUAAUAACUCCAACGGCACUGGAGACUUUGCUGAAACUGCAGUUCUCCGCAGACCCACUGUUACGAGCAAGCUGUUCCAGCCAGAAUAUUUAGUUUUGGGAAAAUCUUCGCUGGGUGCCUUCCUGAGUUCAGCGCACCUUUAGACACCUCUCUCUUUAUUUUCGUAGUUUUCAAAUGUGUAAGAUUUCCAUAAAUGUAUUAGAACAACAGGUCAACUGUACAACAAAGAAAUCGUUACAAAAGUAAGCUCUGUGCCUGUUGUUCAUUUUGUUAUUUUAAAUGUGUCCGAAACUUGCAGCAGCCUGAGCGACAUGCCGUUCCAACAGUCUGGAACGACUCAGAUGUGCAAGGCUUGGGGAUUGUGCUGCUGCUCACCUUGGCCAGCAGACAGGCUGUCAAAGGUAGCCAGCACAGGCUUGGCUGCAGCUCUAAGUCUUAGCUCCUACUGAACGUUGGAAAGCCGCAGUUGUACAGAAUUACGCUGUCCCAACAGAUACUGCCGGAUACAAGAACAUGAAAUCUAACCCUGUUUUAAACUACUGAAAACAAAAACUGCCUGCGUAUUAUACCACUAAUGAGUACAAAUGUAUAGUUGGAAGCUACUGAUACGAUUGGUGAUCAUUUAAAGUAGAAUACAACUGCACAUCUGAAUUAACCCAUUCUGCAAAACAGUAUCAGUAUUUGGAGUUGUAAAAUGUGAAGAAGGAAAAAUUGUUUUGAAUGCACUGACCACUAAGGACUUGGAUAAAGACAACAUUGAGAAUUGGUGUGUAAAGUACCUUGUUUGGGAAGUAACAUUUUGUGUCUCUUGCGUGAUGUAAUAACAGUGCUCUAUAGCCCAUGUCUUUGUUGCUCUACUUAGGAUUAAAUACCAUGUUACGGAUUUGAACUAAAAUAAUACUUUUUCUAGGGUGUUCUUACUCUACCAAGUAUCGUAAAGUAACGUGAGCAAUGAACAAGAUGCUUCAUCUCCCACAAUUAUUAUGGAAGACUUCCUAUAAUCAAUAAAGAUUUUCCACCUGGCUUUAUAACCCUGACUGAGGAAACUCAGGUCUGCUUAGCCUAA